AUGUCCGAGAGCCCAAACCCAAAGAGAAGGAGGCUAAUAGUAGAGAAGGGCUCAGAGAACGAACUCGAUCGCCUGCCAUUCUCCGCUGAAGCACCUUUCAAUUCAUUUCAAAACCAACACGAGCCUACAUGCCUCCCUAAUACCCGCGUCAAUAUUCUGGAAGAAAUAUUUAGCUGGGCUGAUGGACAAGAUAAACGGUUCAUCUUCUGGUUGAACGGCCUUGCCGGGACGGGAAAGUCUACGAUUGCUCGUACUGUUGCGCGCAGAUGUUUCGAUUCAGUCUGUCUUGGGGCCAGCUUCUUCUUCUCAAGCGGUGGUGGAGACGUUGGCCAUGCUGGCAAAUUCGUAACAAGCAUUGCAGUACAGCUUGCAAGAAACGUUUCUGCUCUCCAUCAACACAUUUGUGACGCUAUUGCAGAGCGCAGCGAUAUUGCCGGCCAGUCCCUCCGCGAUCAAUGGCAUCAUCUCGUCGUCCGUCCGCUUUUAAAGCUGGACGGCAAGGACUCCCGAUCCUCAUAUGUUCUAGUUAUUGAUGCUCUCGAUGAGUGUGCUAAGGAUAGCAACAUCCGAAUCAUUCUGCAACUUUUAGCCGAGAUACGAUCGCUAACGAAGGUCCGACUACGAAUAUUUUUAACGAGCAGACCUGAGAUUCCGAUCCGAUUUGGGUUCUGUCAAAUACCAGAUACGGAACACCAGGACUUUAUCCUCCACAAUAUCUCACCAUCAAUUGUGGACCACGACAUUGCUAUUUUCCUAGAAUACAAUCUGACACUCAUCGGGCAGGAACGCUCUCUAGGCGCUGACUGGCCCGGCGGAGAUAACAUUAAACGCCUGGUUCAGAAUGCAAGUGGCCUAUUCAUCUGGGCGGCAACAGCAUGUCGGUUUAUCCAAGAUGGGAGACGAUUUACAGUUAAGAGACUGAGUACAAUACUUGACGGCAGUAGCAAUGCUGCUACGGCACCAGAGAAGCACCUCAACGAAAUUUACAUUACUGUUCUCAGGUAUUCCAUUUCCCCAGAUUAUUCGGAUGAGGAGAAAGAGGAGUUGUACGGAAUGUUGAGACAUACUCUUGGGAGUAUAGUUCUGCUCCUCUCCCCUCUCUCUUCCUCUUCUCUAGGCAGGCUUAUCCACCUUCAAACCGAGGACAUUGACCAGACGUUAGACGAUCUUCAUGCAAUACUAGACAUUCCAGAGGACCGACGUCGCCCGCUUCGUCUACACCACCCUUCAUUUCGCGACUUCCUCCUUGACAAGAAUAGGUGCAGUAACUCAAAUUUCUGGGUCAACGAGAAGCAAGCACAUGGGGCAUUAGCUACGAGCUGUAUACAGCUAAUGUCGACCUCUCUUAAGCAAGACAUCUGUGUAAUGGAAUCUCCAGGUGUGCUCGUGGCUAAUAUAUCGAGCAAUCGAGUGCAGCAAUACUUCACUCCGGAGAUUCAAUACGCAUGUCUCUACUGGGUUCAGCAUCUUCAGAAGAGCGAUGCUCGGCUUUAUGACAACGACUUAGUGCAUCAGUUCUUGCAGAUACACUUACUCCACUGGCUUGAGGCGCUAAGCUGGAUGCGGAGGAUCUCUGAAGGGAUCUAUGCAAUUACUUCUUUAGAGGCCGUUGCCCUUGAACAUCACUGUCCCCGUCUCUCCGAGUUUAUUCAAGAUGCCAAACGAUUUGUACUAUUUAACCAGCCAGUGUUAGAGUGCGCUCCGCUACAGGUCUACUAUAGUGCAUUGAUUUUUGCACCUGCUAUGAGUAUAGUUAGGAGGCAGUUUAACGACCGGAUACCUCGAUGGAUACAAAGAUUGCCUAAGGUCGAGAAUGAUUGGGGUGCUCUACUACAGACAUUCGAGGGCCAUGGGGGGGCGGUCUUGGCAGUGGCCUUCUCGCCGGACGGCAAGGUGGUAGCGUCGGCGUCGAGCGAUAAGACGAUCAAGCUGUGGGAUGCCGGAUCGGGAGCGGCCCUGCAAACGCUGCCUAUAGACGCUGUUGUUCAGAGACUUUCGUUCUCCAAUGAUGGGACAUCCCUCCGGACUGAAAGAGGACAGCUACACCACGCAAUUCUCUCCCACGAUUUAGCUGCUUCCGAAUCAAGCCGUUCAUGGGCUAUAUUUGUGAAGCAGCAAUGGAUAAGCUGCGGCAUGGACAAUAUGCUUUGGCUUCCUUCCGAAUAUCGGCACUGCUGCGUUGAUAUUCACAGCAGCGUGGUUGCUUUUGGAUGUAGAUCUGGUCGCGUGACAGUCAUGGCAUUCGACUUUGAAUCUUACUAG